AUGACCAAAAUAAAGGGAGAUCCCGAGGGGCGGGAAGCUCAGGCGGAGGCUUGCUCCGGGGAGCGCACUUACCAGGAGCUGCUGGUGAAUCUGAACCCCAUCGCACAGCCCCUGGCUUCUCGCCGCCUCACUCGGAAACUCUACAAAUGCAUCAAGAAAGCCGUGAAACAGAAGCAGAUUUGGCGCGGAGUGAAGGAGGUUCAGAAGUUUGUCAACAAAGGCGAGAAAGGGAUCAUGAUUUUGGCAGGAGACACGUUGCCCAUUGAAGUAUACUGCCAUCUCCCAGUUAUGUGUGAGGACCGGAAUUUGCCCUAUGUCUAUAUCCCUUCUAAGACGGACCUGGGUGCAGCUGCAGGCUCCAAACGCCCCACCUGCGUGAUAAUGGUCAAGCCCCAUGAGGAGUACCAGGAGACCUAUGAUGAAUGCCUGGAGGAGGUGCAAGCCCUGCCCCCUCCCGUGUGA